AUGGAGAGUGUAGCCGUUGGCCCCAAGCACGGCGGCGUCGCCGGGAGAUUAUCGGCCAAGUCCGUGAUAAAGUUCGGCGCUUAUUUGGCUGUGGUUUUCUUGUUCCAGACCAUUUGUGCUGUUUGGGUGUUUGGCAGCAACGGCUCCGAUUCUAAUGGUGAAAGUGAGGAGAGAAUUUCGGUGAACGGGGAAGGGAGGGCGGUGGCGGGAAAGAAGCUCUUGUCGAGAGCGAGGAAUGUGGUUUACUUGGAUGAGUCUGACUUGGAGAGGAGGACUGAGGAGAUAAUGUCGAUGGCUAGGGAGGUGCGGAGGAGCGAGAAGAGGGGGCUGAAGAGGGACGAUGCCGGGGAUGCUGAAGGCGAUGAUGGCGAUGACGAUGAUGAUGGUGAGGCGAUUCCCGACAGCAGGAUGGCUAUUGAGAAGGAAAUUGGUUCUCGGUUGGAUAAGCUGCAAAAGAAAUUGAGACCUGUUCGGAAAUCGCCAGGUCUAAGUGAAAAUGUGCCGCUCGAGGGAGCUAGUAGUUUGAUGUUCGAGAAAAAGUUGAAGUUUAGAAGCCCUUUGGUGGAGAAACCCGGUACUGCUCCGAAGGGGUUUCAGCGGUUACGAGGUAAUGGUAAAACAAAGAAGAAAAGCAAAAACGAAGUCAAUGGAGAAGGGAAAAAUGGAGGUCUUGAUCACGGUGUUAUGGAAUCAUCAAAUGGAGAAAAGUGGGAGGAAUUGGUAGAUGGUAAGGGACAUAGCGGUCUCUCCGACGACAUCAAGCGAGAAGGUGAUGAAACCAUGCUUUUCACGGAGAUGCAGAAUGAUUUGUCAUAUCAUGUACUUUUUAUCAAUUAGAAAGUCGGCAUCAACAACAA